AACUGGAGAGAGAGAGCGACUGGUACAGCCUUGGUCGCUGCCUCCUUAAUCUGUCUUUGCAGACCAGUCUCUCUGUUUCUCUCUAUGAAGUCUCUACUACUUGCAAUUCCUCUGCAAUCUAAUGAAUUUUCUUCAUGAAUGUAGGUCAUUUACAACCGAAAAGCAGCUAUUCUUCUUAGAAGAAGAUCUUGGGUAUAAUCGCAUUCACAUGGACUGUAUUGGAUUUUAGAGGACAGGAGACGGACUUUUAGAUUUUCCGUGUGAUAUCCCUUUUUUUUCAAUUCCUUGAAGUCCCGGGCUAAGGAAAACGACUUUAGAUGUUGCAGAUAUAGCGAAGGGGGAAAUCGAUCCAUCUUUAAUCAGUCCUGGGAAAUAAUUUGACCUGGAAGGAAGAGCCACUCCUGUCUUCUCAUCAACUGGAACAAGGCGGAAUGGUUUGCACUAUGAAAUCCAUGCACUGGGAUGGCUACUACUGAGGAGACUGAUCUCGGGGGAGGGCACUCUUCAUGGCAGUCAGCACACACUGCUAGGUUAUAGCCCAAACAAGGAAACUUGGCUGUGGAAGACCGUAUCCUGUGAAUGUUGCAGUAGACAAUGUCGAGGCCAAAGGGAAUUGUAUGGCUACCCUUCAUUUUCACUCCAAUCUGUGUGAUGCUGAAUGUAAACUUGAUUUUUUGGAUCGCCACUCUGGCUGUCAGAUUUACUGUUAUAAACUGCCAAGCACAAUAUUCGAUAAUAACAACAAACUAUGGAAAACUGCGGGGAUUAAAAACGCCGUUGCCAAAUGAAAUCCUUGGUCCCGUGGAACAGUAUCUUGGAGUUCCAUAUGCGUCCCCACCCACUGGGGAGAGGAGGUUCCAGCCUCCAGAACCUCCCUCCUCUUGGACUGGUAUCAGAAAUGCCACUCAGUUUGCAGCUGUUUGCCCCCAGUACCUUGAAGACAGGUUUCUACUCAAUGACAUGUUGCCAGUGUGGUUUACAGCCAAUUUGGAUACAGUGGUAACCUAUGUACAGGAUCAAAAUGAAGACUGUCUUUACUUAAACAUCUAUGUCCCCACUGAAGAUGGAGCCAACUCAAAGAAACAAGCUGAUGAUAUAACCAGUAAUGAUGGUGGUGAAGAUGAAGAUAUCCAUGAUGAGAAUGGCUUGAAGCCAGUAAUGGUCUACAUCCACGGUGGGUCCUACAUGGAGGGAACAGGAAACAUGAUUGAUGGGAGCAUUCUAGCCAGUUAUGGGAAUGUCAUCGUUGUCACCCUGAACUACAGGCUAGGAGUUUUAGGUUUCCUGAGCACAGGAGACCAAGCUGCUAAAGGAAACUACGGACUACUGGACCAAAUCCAAGCCUUAAGGUGGAUCAAAGAAAAUAUUCAGGCCUUCAAAGGGGACCCCAAGAGAGUUACAAUAUUUGGAUCUGGCGCAGGUGCCUCUUGCGUUAGCCUGCUGACUUUGUCCCACUACUCAGAAGAUCUUUUCCAGAAAGCAAUAAUACAAAGUGGAACAGCAUUGUCCAGCUGGGCAGUGAACUACCAGCCAGCCAAGUAUACCAGGAUGCUGGCAGAGAAAGUGGGCUGUAACAUGCUCGAUACCAUUGAUUUGGUUGAAUGCCUCCAAAACAAGAACUACAAAGAACUCAUUGAGCAAUACAUCACCCCAGCAAAGUACCACAUAGCUUUUGGGCCCGUCAUCGAUGGGGAUGUGAUACCGGACGACCCUCAGAUUUUAAUGGAGCAGGGCGAGUUCCUGAACUACGACAUCAUGCUCGGGGUGAACCAAGGGGAAGGAUUCAAAUUUGUCGACGGCAUUGUCGACAGCGAGGACGGGGUCUCAGCAAACGAUUUCGACUUUGCGGUGUCUGACUUUGUGGAUCAUUUGUAUGGCUAUCCGGAAGGGAAAGACACUCUGCGGGAGACGAUCAAGUUUAUGUACACAGACUGGGCAGAUAAAGAGAAUCCCGAAACACGUAGGAAGACUCUUGUUGCUUUGUUCACCGAUCACCAGUGGGUGGCACCUGCCGUGGCAACUGCUGACCUACACGCACAGUACGGCUCACCAACGUAUUUCUACGCUUUCUAUCAUCACUGCCAGAGUGACAUGAAGCCCAGCUGGGCUGACUCAGCGCAUGGUGAUGAAGUACCAUAUGUGUUUGGCAUUCCGAUGAUUGGACCUACAGAUCUCUUCAACUGCAACUUCUCCAAAAAUGAUGUCAUGCUGAGCGCAGUGGUCAUGACAUACUGGACUAACUUUGCAAAAACUGGUGACCCAAACCAGCCUGUCCCACAGGACACAAAAUUCAUCCAUACAAAGCCAAACCGAUUUGAAGAGGUAGCCUGGUCCAAGUACAAUCCGAAGGAUCAACUGUACUUGCACAUCGGCCUGAAACCCAGGGUCAGAGACCAUUACAGAGCCACGAAGGUUGCUUUUUGGUUGGAACUUGUGCCGCACUUGCAUAACAUAAAUGAAUUAUUCAAUUAUGUCUCAACGACAACAAAGGUACCCCCGCAAGACACCACUCCUUUUCCUUACACCAAGCGUUUUCCUGGAAAGAUCUGGCCCUCAACAACGAGGCACCCAGGAAUGACUCCAGCCAACACAAAACAAGGGACGGACACCCACAAGUCCGACCUAGAGGAAACCACGGUCCUCAUCGAGAACAAGCGGGAUUACUCUACAGAGCUAAGCGUCACCAUAGCGGUUGGGGCGUCUUUGCUCUUCCUGAACAUUCUGGCCUUUGCGGCUUUGUACUACAAAAAAGACAAGAGGCGUCAUGAGACCCACCGGCGGCCCAGUCCCCAAAGGAACACCACCAACGACAUUGCACACAUUCAGAACGAGGAGAUGAUGUCACUGCAGAUGAAGCAGCUGGAGCACGAUCAUGAGUGUGAACCUCUGCAGGCUCAUGACACCCUGAGACUUACGUGCCCACCUGACUAUACACUAACACUGAGAAGAUCUCCGGAUGACAUUCCUCUUAUGACGCCUAAUACCAUAAUGAUUCCAAACACUUUAGCUGGGAUGCAGCCCUUGCACACAUUCAACACCUUUAGUACCGGGCAAAACAGUACCAACUUACCCCAUGGACAUUCCACCACAAGGGUAUAGUAACCCGUACCACAGAACUAUUUUAAGAAAAAGUAACUCCUACUGAGACUCAUCACAGACGUUAAGAUAUUAUUUUGUUACUGCGCCUUCUAAAAAUAAUAUUAGAGACAAACUUUACAUACCUGUUAAAUGUGAAAAGUGAAUGUCACUAUUGAAACAAUGCAUUUGGAUCUCAGCUUUGUAAUGGAACCAACUGAGCUUCAAGAGGCAAGAUAAAACCAAGAAAGUUGUUCACUUCAGAAGACUGAUGAAGGGAAAAUUACAUAAAAGUAUAUUUCUUUAUGUAGCAAGUGAUGACAUGGUCAUUUAAAGCUUUGUAUGUGCCAUACACUGUAUGCCAAGAACUACGAACAAGGGGUUCUCUUACAAGUGUGUGUUAAAAUGAAGAAGAAAAUGAAAAAGAAAGUCAUUGGAUUUUAAUUUAUAUAUAAGGGGCUAUGCAGUAAAAUGGUAUAGUUCUGUGAGAAGUGAAAAUUUGCCAGCCUGAAUUGUAUUUAAGAUUAUUUGUAAAAAAUAAAAAAAACGUGUAAAUAGUUGUCAGUAAAAAAAAGAAGCUUUUAUUGUUGUUUUGAGUUUAAAUAUGGCUUUUAAGGAGCUUGUGCUUUCAGUUGUGAUGUGUGUAAAUAUAUUGCUCCUAACAUUUUUUCAUUCAGAAAAAAAUGUUUUAAAGGAAAAAAAAAACAAAUAUCUUUCAUUUGUUGGAAAAACAUAUAUCCUACUGAUCAUCUACAGUAUAUUUUUUUCAGUGUUACAUGACCUCUUUUCCUUUCUGAUUACACUUGUUGCAUGUUUAAGUAUUGCUUACAACUGCAUUUCAGGAAAGAUUCUGUACUGUUUUAGGUUCAAACUACGAGGGAGAAUAAAUGGACUGUUUUAAUGAACACCAGGUAUAAUGCACACAAAAACAACUGAUUUAAUGAUAUGUGGUAUCAAUGAUAUUACCAGUAUGCCUAAAACCUUAUGUUUUUACAUAAUCCAUCAUGUGCUACUUAGUUUAGUUAUAUUAUAAGCCUUUUUUUUAGCAACCUAAACACUGCCUCAGCUUCAGACGUGACCAGCAUCUUAAUGGAUUUAGAAAACGGCAGUGGAUUUUGGUAUCAGUAUUAGUUGGAUAUGUUUGUAAAGAAAUAUAUGUUAAAUAUUUCAACUCGUCAUAUGCUAGCAAUAUGUAAAGUAUUGUGCCAGGCUUGUGAUAUUUUGGGUUACAAAGCAAGUGAAUGAGUUAAAAUAUCAUGAACCCAGAUUAUUUUAAUUAUGCAUCCACUUUAAAAAAAGUCAAUAGAACAUGAACUGAGGAUCAUAGAAAUACAUUUGUAAUUUCAAACAAAGGUACCCAUCUUGGCCUUAGAUCCUUCACCUGAAAAGGCAGGCAGGGUUUUAAUCUAGGAUAUUAAACUAUAUUGUUUGUCUCUAUAUUGUUUGCAUUUUUUGCCUUAAGUGAUGAUAGAUGAUAUUUAUGGCUGGACACGUGUAUAAACUUUUCAGCAGCAUUUUUAAUAAAAUAUCACAAUAUUUUCUAA